GCUCUGUCGUUUUAUCUUUACCCCCUUUCACCGUCGUCUUCGUUUGAUUGUCUUCUCUUCUUCUUCUCUUCCUUCCUCAAUCGUUUCGUCAAAGAGAGAUUCGAUUCAGAAUCUCUCCUCUUCCCGGGGUACAAAGUCCUCAUCUUUCUUCAUAAAAUGGUAGAUUCCGGGAGAGAGUUUUUUAUGUUAGAUAAUAUCCCAUGGCUAAUUUGGAUCCAAAUGUUCAUCUUCGUCCUCCUCUUGCUCCUCCUUUGUGUCGUCGGAAUAUUCUCCUUAGAUAUCGGAGAUAAUAGUUGCUCGUCUUCUGAUUCUGUUCCUUCUACCUCCGGUUCAUCUCUUUCUUCUAAGAGAUUUCUUUCUGGGAAUCCGAUUCCGAUCAGCCACCAUGGUCUGGGUUUCACCGUCAAUUCAAGUCUGUUACAGUCUAAUCAGAUUGGAAACUCUCAAAGCAUAAAAGGAGAGAUCGAACCAGCAGUAACAAGGAGAGUGACAACAACAGAGGAAGCAGCAGAAGGUUCGUUGGAGAAAGAGUCGAGUCAUAAUUUGCAUCAUCCGUGUAAUUUGUUUAGGCUGGCUGGGUCUGCGUUUCUAAAGUGUUUCGGGAUUGGCACCGAAGAAACAGAGGAUCCUCUGAGACAAGAAUCUAAAAAAGAGAGAUGAUUAAAGCUCUUGUGAAUAGAAGAAAGAACAUACUAACACCUUUUCAUAUGUGUUGUUGAUCGUAGGUAGCAAUUGAGUAGGAGAGAUUGAAGAAACUUGUAAGUAUAUAAAAAAAGGUCAAAUUGUUGGGGGUAACACGAACGAGUUGUCUCUAACGCAUUCGUUUUUUUUUUUUUUUUUUGGCGUGAAACUAUUGUUUUCAUUGUGGUUAAAUUAUUUUUAUCUGCGGUUAUUUUCUGUGGUGCCGGGUGCGUGCGUUGCAUGCAUCUUAAUGUAACUUUUUUAUAAGAGGAAAAAUUACUUA